GGAAGGGAUGCAGGAAAUUCUCUUGUUUACACGUGUCUGUAACACUGAGCCGCCACAGCAGCCCGCAAGCCCAGAGGGCCUGAGAAAAUGAAUAUGAAUUUAGAUUCCAUUCAUCGGUUAAUCGAGGAAACCCAAAUCUUCCGGAUGCAGCCGUCCUCGCUGAAAACACCUCGGGACUUGGUAGCACCCGCCUCGGCGCCCCGGGGCCCCUGCGAUUCCUGCCGGCCGCUUAUCGGGCUCCAGUCUCAGGCCGCUCCCCGCGUCUGGGCUCCCUCGCGCCACACGGACGAGUGGGACGUCUGCGAGGAGCUGCGCCUGCGCGAACUGGAAGAGGCCAAGGCCAGGGCAGCUCAGAUGGAGAAGACCAUGCGGUGGUGGUCGGACUGCACCGCCAACUGGAGGGAGAAGUGGAGUAAAGUGCGCGCGGAGAGGAACAGUGCCCGGGAGGAGGGGCGGCAGCUCCGGGUGAGGCUGGAGAUGGCGGUGAAGGAGCUGAGCGCCCUGAAGAAGAAACAAAGCUCCCCGGAGGCGUCCGAGCCCCGCGUCUCCCAGGACCAGAAGCGCCCUAGUUUCGUGGCAGGGUCCUGCGCGCAAAGGGACCAGUUUCGAGUUGGCCGGCCAGCGUCCACUAGAGAGUGUUUGGUGACAGGAGAAUUUUCUAGAAAGGACAACACCGGUAGUAUGGAAGAAGGUUUGGUUCUGGACCCGUUAAGGCCAGUCAAGGACAUGCAACUCUGUAGGGGCUGUCCUGACUCACUCAAGAACCCUGGCUCUGAAAAUGGGGCCACGGGACCUGGACUAAGUCACCCAGGAGGAGAUCUGCCCUUGCAGAGGGAAGUGCCUGAAAUGUCAGCUUUGCAGGGGCAUUGGGAGGAGUUCCAAAGAAUCUUAAGGAAAGAAAGAGAACUGCGUUCAUCUCUGGAGAAAGAAGUAGAACGCCUGGAGUCUGCUGUGGCUUUAUGGAAACGGAAGUACGAAGAGCUGAAGGAGUCAGUGCUCAAAAAUAGGAAGGAGCUCAACGCUCUUCAUGGUCAACCUAAAAAUGAACUGGCAGAAGUAUCAGAGGAUGUGAAGGAAAGACCAAAACCCCAGGAGGGCCAGGGUAGAGCGAUCUACGAGUCACGAGCCGAGGAGCUGUUGGACCUUCACCAGGCCUACCACAAACUCGGCAGACAACACCAGGCGAAAAUAGCAGAGCUGACCCGUGCACAGCACCGAGCGGACCAGAAUGCAGCGGAAGGAAAGAGACUGAGAUUUCAAGUGGAAGAACUAAAAGAGAGACUCAACCAAAAAGAAGAUAAGCUCAAUGAUGCCCUGAAUCAGAUCCGUAAACUGCAGAGGUCGCUGGAUGACCAGAAAGAAGCAAAGGAAAACUUGGAAACUGAACUCAGGCACUUACAAAACCGGUGAGGACUCUGGCUGGGAGACCACCAGCGUGUGAAGCUUGAAAGUGGAAGAGAAAAUCUUACAUGGCAAUUCCAUCUGUGACUGUCGUCCCAGCUGCAAUUGCCA